AUGCCAAAGGAGAAGACCGUCACCCGCAAGGCCAAGGCCACCAAGGCCGAGGGCGGAAAGAAGAAGAAGGACCCCAACGCACCCAAGCGCGGUCUGUCUGCCUACAUGUUCUUCGCCAACGAGCAGCGCGACAAGGUCCGUGAGGACAACCCCGGAAUCAAGUUCGGUGAGGUCGGCAAGAUGUUGGGCGAGAAGUGGAAGGCCCUGAGCGAGAAGAACCGCGCCCCCUACGAGGCCAAGGCUGCUACCGACAAGAAGCGUUACGAAGAUGAGAAGGCCGCCUAUGCUGCCGUACGUACUCUCUUCUCCCAAACUACCCAUCCACAUACUAACCUACUCUAG